AUGUUCUCCACCACCAACUCAUUCCCCGUAUCUUCAAUGCGACUCUCAACCGCCCAGACUCUCCCCGCCGACAUCCUAGCCGAGCUCUUCUACAUUCUCGCCUCGCUCGACCCGCCCACACCCGCCGCACCCGCGCCCAACCCGGUCCCCACCCUAACCCUAGCGCCCACAGCAUCCCAUCCAUCCUGGUGCUCCCCAUCCUCGCCAUGGUUCGACGAGCAAGAACCGCGACCCUCGCACACCGCACACGAGAAAGGAUCCUUAGGCUGGAUAGCCACAACGCACGUAUGCGCGCACUGGCGCACGACAGCUCUAUCCCUUGCCGUCCUCUGGGGCACCACAAUCCACACAUUCCCCCGCGCGCUCGAGCCCAUCCUCCUCCGGUCCAAAGGCGCACCUCUAGAGUUCGACUUUGCGCGGCGAUGGUGGUGCUGUAGGACGUGUAGCCGGUACGGUCCUCCCCAGGCUCCUCUUACAUUCCGGACUGUAGCGCUGAACACGCAUGUGAAAUGCGGCAGGUUCGAGUGUUAUUGCGAGAUCGCGAGGCGGAAUGCGUGCAGGGUGAGGUCGUUGAGAGGUCCGGCCUCGGCGUUAUCGGCUUGGAGAGAAUACCCCAUCCUCCGCGAGCUGCAUCUUACGGGUCCGGGGCCACACGGGCCUGUCCCGUCCCAAGGCCGCAUCAACAAACACGAACGUACGCCCGGGCACGCACACGAGCACGGGCUCGGACACGCUGUAGUGCUCAACGCGCCGCGUCUCGAAAGACUCGUAUUCGAUGGGGCAGCGCUCAUACCGUUCUGCGCGCCGUCUCUGCGCGUGCUGGUAUUGCACAGCGUACGCCCUGGCGCGUGCCCGUCGUCGGUUCUCGCGCUUCUGAGGAGUACGCCGCGCCUUGAAGAGCUCGAGCUGACGUUCUCGCUUGCGCAUGGUCCGCCUUCUUGGUCCUGCGCGCAUCAUGGCGCCGUCGAGCUUCCAUCUCUCAAAUCGGCGCGCCUCGCUGGUCCAGCUGAAAGACUCGCGCUCUGGGGCCGUAUCCGCGCGCCAAAUGCCUCGGUGCAGAUCCACGCGUUCGCGGGCGCCGAGGGCGUAGCGGGCCUCGAUACGCUUCUCUCAGCUCUGUCAUCUACAUACAUCGGCGACGUCCUAGGCCUCGUGCACGGCGAUCUCGACUACACGAUCACGCUCACGUCCUCCUCAACCCUCGCACGAUGCCUGCAGCUGCGCAUGCUCUACCGCGACAUCAUAUCCCUCUGCGGCACAAUGCCGCUCUACACCUCGCGCGUGCUCUCCCACUUCACCAUCGAGCAGGUCAAAGCGUUGCAUGCGGGCCCAUGUUUACCCGCGGAGUAUCAUUGCGAGGAGGAUUGGUUCGGGCCGCGGGAUACGGCUCUUGUGCUGAGGCCCAUGGAAGGUCUGCGAGAGAUCAGUUUGAGUUGGGAUGCGAAGGGGUAUCAAGCAUGGCUACUCGCGCUCGGAUGUACGGGCGAGGUCGUCUUACCGCGGCUCGAGACGCUCGUGUUCAUCUCGGAUGAUCAGAGGGGGGAUGAUGGGAGGAGCACGCAGGAACGAUGGGCGUGUUUGAUCGCUGUGCUUGAGGAGCGUACGAGGAGGGGGUACGCCGUUCCAAGACUCGUGCUGCGCGGAGAAAGUGAUGCGGGUAAUGAGGAGGCUAAAGCGCUGUGUGAGUGGGCGAGGAGGUUCGUAGGGGUGCUUGUUGAUGAACGGACGGACUUGAGUACUGCUAUGGAACUGUGA